AUGGUCUUUUCCAAUGAGUCAGUUCUUCACAUCAGGUGGCCAAAGUAUAGAAACUUCAGCUUCAGCACCAGUCCUUCCAAUGAACAUUCAGGACUGAUUUCCUUUAGGAUGGACUGGAUGAAUCUCCUUGCAGUUCAAGGGACUCUCAAGAGUCUUCUCCAACACCACAGUUCUAAAGCAUCAAUUCUUCUGCGCUCAGCUUUCUUUAUAGUCCAACUCUCACAUCCAUACAUGACCACUGGAAAAACCAUAACUUUGACUAGACGGACCUUUGUUGGCAAAGACAUGUCUUUGCUUUUUAAUAUGCUGUCUAGGUUGGUCAGUAAAGACUUUAAAAAUUGUCCAUGA